CGAACACAUUCGUAAAGAACGCGCUAAAGUUUCGUCCCAGAAAGGACGCGAUAAACUCAAUGCUCACUACAAAAUUCUAGACGAUACUCUCUCAAACACAUCUUAUGCAACGGAAAAUCCUUCAAAGGCAGACAUAUUGCUAAAUGCGGCCUUGUGUAUAGAGAAGUUCCGCGAAGAGAAGAUAGAUCUUCACAAUAAGAUCGACAGAGUAAUGACUUUAAAGGAUAAAAUAGAAACGCUUCUUAAUGAAGUAAAGACUUUGAAAGAUAAAAGAGAGUAUUUUCUAAAUGAAGUGAACAUUAAUGAAGUGGCUCGGUUAGAUUGUGAAAUCGAAAUACGUGAUAAUGAACUAAAUAGCCUAAAUGUGCGUUUUAACGCAGAACUUCACAACUUAAGAUAUCAAAUGGGUGGGUUUCGCUGA